UAUGAAGCACCAAAAGCAAAACAUAGUACAAAAAUAAAACAAGAGAGAGAAAACAAGUCUCAACUCUCAAGCCACUCCAAACACAAAACUUAUUAAGAAAAUCUAAAGGAGGAGUGGAAAAGAGAGAAAAAAGAUAUAUAAAUGGAGUGGAGAAAAUGUUAUUUGGACUUGUUACUGGUGCCUUCUGGUUUAUUAAUUUUGACUGCUUAUCAUGUUUGGCUAUGGCACAAGGUUCGAACGCAGCCAUUCUCCACCAUCAUUGGUACUAAUUCAAAUGCAAGAAGAUAUUGGGUAGCUGCCAUAAUGAAGGAUAAUGACAAGAAGAACAUCCUAGCCGUUCAAACCAUAAGGAACACAAUCAUGGGAGCAACCCUAAUGGCCACCACUUCUAUCCUUCUCUGCUCAGGUUUAGCAGCUGUUUUAAGCAGCACUUACAGCAUUAAAAGGCCGUUAAACAACGCCGUUUACGGGGCCCACGGCGAGUUCAUAGUGGCUCUCAAAUAUGUUACUUUGCUCAUCUUCUUGUUGUUCUCAUUUUUAUGUCACUCUUUGUCUAUUAGAUUCAUAAACCAAGUUAAUUUUCUUAUCAACACCCCACAACAAGACCUAUUGAUUGCUAAGGUAACACCUAAUUAUAUCUGUGAAUUAUUGGAGAAAGGGUUCAUGUUGAACACUGUGGGAAAUAGGCUUUUUCAUGCUGCUCUCCCACUUUUGCUUUGGAUUUUUGGACCUGUCCUAGUUUUCCUUUGUUCUGUUGCCUUAGUUCCUGUGCUUUACAAUCUUGACUUUGUGUUUCAGUCUAAUGUAGGAAAAGGGGCUCAUGAUCAGAUCACACAUGGGGAUUUCUUGUCUGUACCUUAAGUACAUGAUCGAGUUCUUCAUCUUACUUUAUUAAUUGUGAUAUUAUCAUGACAUUUGGAUUUAUGAGAAUAUAUUUAAUGGGAUUUUGCUCU